AUUAUUAUUAUUUUAAAAUAAUAUGAGCGAAAAAGAAAAGCAAGAUGUUGUAGUCGAAAAAUAUGAAAAUGGGUUUGAAACCUCUGACAAUGGAGAAUUAUAUAUUGAACCUACUGAAGAGGAUUACAAAAACCUUAGAGAAGUAGCAGAUCGUAUUCCUAAAGCUGCCUAUUUGGUUAUUCUUAUUGAAUUCUGUGAAAGAUUUACUUACUAUGGUUUAACGGGUCCAUUUCAAAAUUAUAUUGAAAACCCUGAUCCUGGAAGUUAUCCCGCUGAUUUACCAGGUGCAAUGGGUAAAGGUCAACAAACAGCUACUGCUUUAAAUACUUUCUUUCAAUUCUGGUGUUAUGUGACUCCUAUUAUUGGUGCUAUCAUUGCUGAUCAAUACUGGGGCAAAUAUAAAACAAUUCUUGUCUUUGCCUGUAUUUAUUUUGUUGGUCUAGUUAUUUUAACUUUAACUUCUAUUCCUGCUGCAAUUGCUUCUGGUGCUACUUUCCCAGGUUUUAUUGUUGCAAUCAUCAUUAUCGGUCUUGCUGCUGGUGGUAUUAAAUCGAAUGUGUCCCCACUUGUUGCUGAACAAUAUGGUGCAACUAAACCAUACAUUAAAACAAUUAAAUCGAAAGCUUCUUCAAAAUAUGCUUCUGAUGAGGGUGAUCUUCCUGCUAAUGGUGAUAUCUCUUCUGCUGGUGUCACUCGUGUCAUCGUAUCACCUCAAGCUACCUAUCAAAAGCUUUUUAACAUGUUCUAUUGGGGUAUUAACGUUGGUUCACUUGCUGCUAUUUCUACUGUCGUUAUCGAAAAGAAUUGUGGUUUCUGGCCUGCCUUCCUUUUGCCUACAUUAGUAUUCAUUCCUUGUAUCUUGAUUGUGUUAGCUGGUAAAAAUAUUUAUGUCAAGAAUCCUCCUCGUGGAUCAAUUUUCAUUGAAGUAUUUAAGAUUAUCAAAAUUUCCUUUAAACAAGGUUUAGAAGGUUGUAAACCUUCUAACUUGGCUGUUUCAAAUCCAGAACUUGCUGCUAAAGCUACCUGGGAUGAUGUCUUUAUUGAUGAACUUCGUCGUACUUUAAAGGCUUGUAUUGUAUUUUGUUGGUAUCCUAUUUACUGGCUUUGUUACUCUCAAAUGACAAGUAAUAUGGUUUCUAUGACUGCUACUAUGCAAACUGGCAAUGUUCCUAACGAUAUUAUGCAAAAUAUUAAUCCUUUGACGCUUGUUCUCUUUAUUCCCAUUAUGGAUAGCGUUAUCUAUCCUGGUAUUCGUAAAAUGGGUUUCCACUUUGGUCCUAUUGCUCGUAUCACAAGUGGUUUUGUUUUCGCUGCCUUCGCUAUGGCUUAUGCUGCUGGUGUUCAAACUAUUAUUUAUAACUCUGGUCCUUAUUAUGAUAACCCCAGUGGUAGCAAUAAGAAUGAUGUCUCUGCUGCCUUAAUUAUUCCUGCUUACAUCUUGAUCGGUAUUUCAGAAAUCUUUGCCUCCAUUACUGGUCUUGAAUAUGCUUACAGAAAGGCACCUGAGAAGAUGAAAUCAUUAGUUAUGGCUAUCUUUUUAUUAACAAAUUGUUUCGGUUCUAUUCUUGGUUUCGCCCUUGUUUCUGUCGCAUAUAACCCUAAGCUUAAAUGGAUGUAUGCCGGUAUUUCAAUUGCCAUGGGUAUUUGUGCUCCUCUUUUCUAUUUCUGUCACAGAAAGAAUGACGUUACAGAUGUCCAAGAAGAUGCUAUUGCUCGUGAAAAGAAUGCUACUGCUGAAAUUGAUGAUAUUGAUUAUGAUGCUGACCAUAAAUCAGCUGUAUAAAUUAGUUUAACUUUGUAUUUUAUUUUAUUUUAUUUUUUUUUAAUUGUAUAAUAUGUAUACAUUUAAUUAUAUUAUCCUUCUCCCUCUUUUUUUUUUUUUCACCAUCGUUGGCAUAUCUCCUAAAUCAUAUUUAUAUAUAGAAGAUAUAUACAUAUUUAUAUAUCUAAUUUUAUAGUAGCUAUUAUUUUAUUAAUCUAAUAAACAGUUUUUAUAUCCCAUUUAA